AUGGGCAAAGCGUCUACACCGGGCAGCAACUGGGAGCAGCUCAAGAAGAAGCUCCCCGCUUCCGAGCCCAAGAGCAAGACCCAGUACCACCCCGCACACUCCAAGAAGAGCAAAUACCGUUCUUCUGGCAUUGCAUCCUUCUCGAAAGAGCUGGUAGCGGAACCAAGCACGCCCAGCACCGAGGCCGGCCCCUCUCGCCCCGUGAAGGAGUCGUUUACCCAGGUCGAGGGUGUGGUCUUUCUCACCCCUCCGUCUGAUAAGCCGCUCCUGACCGAGCUCCGCACCAUGGUGUCUGGCCGCAUGGUCUUGAACGAGGCCAAGAGGGCCCCCGGCAACUAUGUCGCUAUCGAUUGCGAAAUGGUGGGAAUGGGACACAUGGGUUCCGAGUCGGCACUUGCGCGUGUGUCCCUCGUCAACUACCACGGCCACGUCCUCCUCGACACCUUUGUGCAGCCCCGUGAGAAGGUGACAGACUGGAGGACGUGGGUUUCCGGUGUCCGCGAAUCGGAUAUCAUUGAUGCUCCCUCGUUUGAAGAGGUGCAGAAGCAAGUCGCCGCGCUUGUCAAGGAGCGUAUCCUUAUCGGCCAUGCCGUGGAGAACGAUAUGAAGGCGCUGCUCCUCAGCCACCCCAACCCCCUUCUCCGCGAUACCCAAAAGUGCAAGCAGCUUCGCGAACGUGCCAAGACCAAGCGUCCUGGUCUCAAGAAGCUCACCGAGUCCGAGCUGGGUCUCAAGAUUCAAGCGGGAGCGCAUAGUUCGGUCACCGACGCUCGCGCAACGAUGGCUCUUUACCGUCUUGUCAAGCCCGAGUGGGAAGCGUCCCUCCGCAGUGUCAUGGAGACAUACCGCGAGAAGGCCGGCCUGGCACCCAUGGCCAAGGGUGGCAAGAGGAAGCGCCAGGAGGACGCCGAGGACGACGACGACGAGGACGCGGCCGAGAAUGGGAAGAAGGGGAAGCGUCACCCCAAGGAGUUUCCCGGAGGAGGCCGCAAGGGAAUCAGUAGUGGCCUCAGUGUGGUGGUCAAGAGGUUUGGCAAAAAGGUCGAGGACGACCAGCCAAAGCGCCGUGGACCGGCACCUGUGGCGGCGACUGGUGGCAGCUGGUGGGAGGAGGGGGCCAGCUAA